AAUCGAAUACAUUUGUAACAAACAAAGACGUUGAAGGGGGCGGGAUAUUGUAGGGAAAUGGUGGAGCAUGUCGUAUGUCAAAUAAUACAACUUCGCAAUAUAAUGUAAAACAACUAUAACAAAUAUAAAAGCGUGUAAAUUUUAUAUACAUUAUUAUAUUAUGUUCCUGAAAGGAUGGUGUAAAGAUUAGAAUGGGCAGAGCUUCUUGAGUCUCGUUUUGAGAUGGAUGCGUCUGGAUCACAACAACUGUUCGAUGACUGGGACGAUAUUAGCGACUCGGAAUUUCUCAACAUCCCUUCCGAGCAACAAAGCAUAGAGCCCCAGUGUCAUCUCAAUAGUGAAUCUGAUGGUAAACACUCAGUGAACUUUGAUAGCCCCUGUGCGUCCACCUCAUCAUCAGUGCACAACCGGAAUGAAGAGGCUUUGGGACAAGAAACUGUAAAUACAGAAAAUGUGAGGGGUUUAAAGAGAAAAUGCCUUCAUGAAAACAGCUUCAGCCCAAUGCAACGCUUCUUCAAGCGGCAUCUGAGUGUGACCCUCCUGUGCGACCAGUCUUGGUGUGAGAUGAAGACUGUUUACGGUCUUUUAAAGCCAUUUGUCAAGAGAAAGGAAAUGCAACGUGCUGAGGUGCAGAUCGGAAGGGAAAUUCAUUUAUCAAGAGAACGGGAGAUUCAGGACGUUGUCCCUGUAGAUAUCUGCACUAGAGAAGAUGCAGAAGCCAUCAAACUUCUCAACAUGUUGCACAUGAUACCGCUGUUGGAAGCAGGUGAGUUGACAAUGUUAAAACAGUGUUAAGUUUGGUACUCCGAUGAACUCAUGUAUAGCCAGAAGGGGGAGCUGGUCCUAAAUGAGCUCAAGACACGCAAACAGAACUCCUUGCCUAGUUCUGCACAAGAUAAAGUCAACUGCUUACAGGUUGGCCUGUAUAAAUUACUAUUUGAUGGACUGGUGAGAGGAGAAGUGAAGAAAGACCAUGUUUUAAAUCACCGUAAACUGCGUUCAGGUCAAGUACUUGGAGCAGGAGUCCAGGCCCAUGCUAAAAGCAUUGGGGUCCAGAUUGAAUACUAUCACCAAGGCUCUAAUGGAGCCAUUGGGACCAGGGUCGCUCCUUUUGAUGAAGCCCAACUACGGGCAGAGCUUCAGGGUCAUCUGGCCUACUGGAGAGGUCAGAGGGAACCCAAAGGGGUGGACAUAGAAGAGGCCUGGAAAUGUAAAUCAUGCCUUUAUGAACAAACUUGUAAUUGGACAAAGAAUAGAUUGCAAGUAUCUGACCAACAAGCAGAUCAUGCUAGCUCAUGAUUGAGCAUUUUACAGAUAAUACAAACAUUUGUAUGUGGUGACUAUUUUUGUCAUGUUAUUAACCUUUAUACUUUAAUUAUUGUCUUAUGUGUUCUAUUUAAGUCUUAUAGUUUCAAAUACGCAUAUAUUAUGUGAAUGUUAUUGUGCAGCUCUAUAAUGACUGUGAGUGAAGCGUUGUGAAUUCAUAAUGCAUUAUAUAAUGCAUAAUGCAGUUUUUGAUUAGAAUGGCUUUUUAAUGGAAGCAAGCUGAAAGCUUCCUCACUUUGUGUGCAUUAAGAAGUUUAUGUCACUUAGCUAGUGGAACGGAUAUGUUUUUCAGUCAACGAUAACUUCAGUCAAGUGUGGCUGAUAUAAUGCUGAUAAAUACAUAAUGCAUUUGAAGUGAACAAAUUACAUACAGAAAUUCUUCA